AAUGAUUUGUGAAAGAGAGCUUUUCCGAGGGGGCCAAGUGUGGUACUUCGCACCCUCUAAAUGUGAAUGCUCGGAAACCUCGACGGUGUUUCGUCCUGGUUAUUUCCAUAGCAGCUCGUGCGGGCUGAGCUGGGCAAAGGAAUGAGUUGGUUGUUGCUUCAAAUCACCGAGUCAUUUUCUAGCCUGACUUAUUCAUCUGUUGCUGGCACUGCUUACGAUACAUUUGCAUUUAGGGUUUCGUUCCCUGCGUCGUCAUGGCUUUCUUGGUGCGCAGAGUGCACCCCAAAGCAUUGUUCACUCAUCAGCUCAUCGCCAGAGCCAUGACCCUUCUUCUGCCUGCAGUGGUGUUCGGUUUCACACUCAGAACCAUUUACAUGCGGAGCCUUCUUGCUUGAAUUCCAAUCUAGAGGAGGACGAUGAUGACAACGAUACUGCCCCCAUUUCAAGCCGACCAUUCAGAAACUCCAAUUUUGCAGCCGUGCCCUUGGGAGGUUUUGGAUAUUUGGCCGCUGCGAGUGGAAUUCAAUCUAGGGGCAGGUGUGGAAUGAGGUCCUCUUUCGCGGCGGGAUUUCUUCAGCAUAGGAAUGUGUGCUAUGCAAGCACCGAUGCUGUUGCUAGUAGCACUGAAUUGCGGUUUGUUGAAGGAGAGACAGGGGAUACUGUUCAAGCAGUUGCUGCUGGAGGAGUAGAUCAGGUUGUUUCUGACCAAGUCCUUAGUGCGGGAACUUCGUCGUCGUUGGGUGAAGUAGCCGCCGCUGCAGCUGAUUGUUCAGCCCCGACUGCCGCAUUGCAGCAUCUCAUUGACUUCGUUCACACACAGGGAGGCCUGCCUUGGUGGUUGUCGAUAGCUGCUACAACAGUGGGAAUAAGAGUCAUGGUGUUGCCCGUCCUUGUGUGGCAAAUGAAAGCCACAGCUCGUCUGACGCUGAUGAGGCCCGAGCUUGAACGCAUUACCAACACUAUUAAAGAGAGUGGUUACGAUCCCAAGGUGACUGAAGUAAAUCAGAAACGAAUGAAGGAGCUAUUUGCACAACACAAUACAAAUCCGUUUAUGCCGUUGAUGGGAGCAUUUGUUCAAGCUCCACUCUUUAUCAGUUUUUUCUUUGCAAUACGCAAUAUGGCUGAAAGAGUCCCUUCAUUCAAAGAGGGAGGUGCCUUGUGGUUUACUGAUCUUACGACUGCUGAUCCGUAUUUUAUCCUCCCCAUAAUGAGUGGUCUUUUCACACUUGCGACUAUAGAGCUGGGAGCCAUGGAUGGCAUGCAAGGUCAACCUAUGAUAGGCAAGAUGAAGAUGUUUUUCAGGGGAUUUGCAGUUCUUAUAGUCCCAUUAACAGCCUCGUUUCCCAAGGCUCUCUUCUGUUACUGGCUCACCACAAAUGUUUGCUCGUUAAUCCAGACCACAGUUCUGCGUCAACCAGCUGUUAAGCGGACUUUAGGCAUUCCAGAGACGGCACACUUGGCUCCAGUGACACCCGCAGCUGUGGCAUCUAGUGUAACCCUGAAUAGUCCCCCAAAAAGGGGAAAGAAGUCCAAGCGGUAGUACUUUCACGUUUUACUAGGGGGUGCUGUUUACGAUAAGGAUCUCUAUUUUACACAUGAACAGGUUAUUUGUCAAAUGCAAUUUUGGUACUUUCAUAUAGAAAACCUUUCAUUUUUCAUAUUUAUCGAUGUGAAUCCAUUUAUUCAUAUAACUUUAAGCAAUAUGACUCCAUUUACGUGACUAUUACGUGAAAA